AGAAACAUACUCAGAACGUCAGAAAAGUGAUAACAAAUACGCUUUAUAAAUAUAAUAACUUUGUAAAUAUAAUAAAUUAAAAAUUCAUUCUUGUUUCUGUAAUAAUCAAGUUACUCUUGGGUAUUGUCCUCUCUUCAGUCUGUGCAUUGUCUCGUAUGGCAGUAGGUUUCCUAUAGAAAGAAUGUGUAUGUUGCAACUUACUGGAAUAACAUGGGUUCUGUUUGGAUGUUUCUUAGGUUCAGCUCUCGCUCUGAGCACCCUCAGCAUUUCUGCUCGUCAGCCUCAUGUGAGUGGAACCCCCAACAGCUCCGUCCUCCUCUCUACGUCGUACAGUACCCUCCCACACACCGACUGGCUUCAACUCAAAUGGGAGAGCCUGACUCCAAAAACUGACCUCAUCAAAUGCACAAUCCGCACAAUGGAGUUGGAAAAUGUCUAUAUCAACACAUACCCGGUAGGGGGCCGUGAGGGGCGGAUGGAGAUUGUGCCAGACAAUGGCUCCUUGAUUAUCCAUAGACUGAAGAUGAGUGACAUGGGUUCCUAUCAGGUGACAAUACGGGAUUCCAGCGCUUCUGCCUCAGCCAUCAUUAGUGUCACCGUGCAGGAUAUUGAUGCUCCAGUGGAUGAGGAGGGUGAGGCCAAUGUGUCUUCACACUGUUUCUGCCUGAAUAUCAGUAACAUCGACCUGCCUGCUUCUAUCUCAAUAGUCCUUGGGAGCCAUUUACUCUCCAUCUUCAUCACCGUCUUCAUCGUUUUUGGUCAACUGAAAAAAAAAAAAUGCUGGAGUUCUUAGCUGGGGAAAUCAGACAACUUUUUUUACCUUAUGAGUGAAAUGGAGACUUUUGCUUUUAAAAAUGUAUUUCUUUAUCAGGUAGUAUAAGGGCAGAGACACACACGAAGAUUCAGGAAGAU